CUGAUGCGCUUAUAGGUUAUGUUAUGAUUAUAACCUAAAAUUCGUUAUUUAAUGGAAAUAUUGAGAGGAAUAGUGCAUUGAACAGUAGAGUAAUGGGGUCUUCGUCAGAUGAGCAGUUUGCUUGGACGAACACUUCAAAGGAUGACUCCGAUACGGAACCGGAAAAGACAUACGACGGCGAAUCCGAAUCUGGCAAAAACUACAAAAAAAAACUUCAAAAGGAGUUGUUCCAAAAUGGCGACCGCGAGUCGGAGGAGGAAGAGGGCCUCGAGACGCCGCGCGUGCGACACAAGCUCAAGAAACCCAAACAGGAAAAGUGUUCCCCCUCUCCCGCGCCGGAGCGCCGCGUCAAGCGCGAGUCGCUCGCCAACGGCCACGACGCCGCCGCCGCCGAGCACAUGCUGCGCGUGAGGGUCAAGCAGGAGCACGCCGCGCGCAAGCGCCGCGCCUCCGCCGCCGCCGAGCCCGACCCCGACCGAGAACCCACGCCCGACUCCGAACAGCCCAGGAAGAAAAAGAAAAAGCGCGAUAAAGAAAGACGCAAACGCGUUUCCUCCACCACCGAGGCUCCCGACGGCCCCGCGGAGACGCUCGCCGACGCGCCGGCCGAGAGCCGCCCGUCGCCGAGGAAAAAAAAUAAGACGAAAAUUAAACAAGCCGCGAACGACGAGAGUUAUUUCGACGGGUGGUGGAAAUUCGAAGCGGGCGAGACGACCGUCCAGCCGCGCCCGGCCGCGCCGCCCCGCUCGCCGCCGCCGGAGGCGAAGCACUACACCAGCAAGGAGUUCGUCAGCGACCGCGACUCCUCCGACGACGAGCCCGGCGCCUUCGAGGAGCGGUCGCACCCCGACACGGACUCCAAACCGAGGAAAGCGUCGCAGUCGACGGCGUCCCCCCGCCGCCCCCGCCUCUCCGAGAGGAUCACGUUCGAGGAGGACUCGCGGUCGGGGCCCGAACCCCCCGCGCCGCAGCAGACGACUCCGAAGAAAUCCCUGCCCGCAGAUCGGCGAAGGAUCUCCGACAGGAUCACGUUCGAGGAGUCCAGCUCGGAGGCGGAGCGCGCUCCGCCGGUACCGGCGCCGGCGCGGCCCUCGCCCUCGGACGGCGGGCGGCUCGGGCGCUUCCUGCGCGCGCACGCGCACAUGCACCCCGUGCUCGGCGAGUUCCCGGCCGGCGCCGCCGUCACGGCCGACGACGACGUGUGGAUCGUGCGCUGCCCGCGCGACCUGCCCGCGAGCGCGCUGCGCGGCGCCACGCUCGACGUCGCCUUCAAGAGCAAGGUGAAGGCGGGCGGGCGGGCGUACGAGGUGUGCGCCUCGGGCGCGGGCGGCGACGAGCGCGCGGCCGUGCUGGCGCCGGCGGCGCGCGGCGCGGGGUUCUGCGUGCGCGCGGUGGCGGUGCGGGGCCACCUGCGCCUGCGCGCCAAGCUGCCGCGGCCGCGCGCGCCGCUGCAGGCGGACGAGGGCUCGCCGGAGCGCGUGCCGCUGCCGCCGACGCGCGCGCGGCACCCGCUGCUGGGCGCCGACUACGAGCGCGCGCUGCCGCCGCCCGCCGUGCGCCGGCGCCUGGCGCGGGCCGGCGCGCGCGACCGGCCCGCGCCCGCGCGCGACGAGGCGGACGCGGACGGCGAGGUGCGCCGGGACAAAAAGAAGAAGAAAAAGAAGCACAAAGAGCGACCGGAGCCGGAACCCUCGCCGGAGCCCUCGCCGGAUCGCAAGAGCCGCAAGCGGAGACGCAGCUCGCGGGCGGAGGCCGAGGCGCGCUCGCCCGCGCGGGAGGAGCGCGCGGAGUCGCCGCCGCGGAAGAAGAAGGUGAAGAAGGAAAAGAAGUGGCGCGACGACGCCGCCGUCUGGGACUCGGAGCGGGCCAUCGAGGAGAGCCUCUUCAACUAUUGAUCAGUGAUCGAACAUUACAAGGACGCGUGCUUUUCCGGCAAUAUUAUUUUGGUCAGAUUUCAGUUCUUUCUACAAAUUGCCUUGGUGCGUCGUACGAUACCUACGACGAAAAACCGUCGCGUCGUACGGUACCCGUGCGAAGAGGGAAUUCGUAACUCUUGUCGAACACGACUGAAGCUAGGGAGGGAGAGACUAAAGACUGUAUCGUUAAGUAUGAGGACAACUUUAAGUAGCCGUAUUUAUUUGCUAUUAUAUUUUUUUCUUAAAACAAGACAUAGGCUUAAUAAGGCACAUAAUAAGGUUCACAUUU